AUGAGAAAGGGCCAUGGUCUCGUAUCAUGAAUUACUCCAUAACAUAGAUAUACUUUUAUUGUUAUUAUUUUUACCCGUUUCUAAAUUGAUUCUUUAUAUUGGUCUUUCUAAGGGGAGCAGCAGAGUUGUUUUCAGUCCAGGAAUUCAUCACAACAAUUGAAGUGUUUUUCAGUAUAUGACAUAAUUUACAUUUAUUUUGGCUCUUUGAUUUCUGCAGUACCUGAAUCCUCAUCUUUGUUAUCGCGAGACUUGCAACCAUCAAAUCACAGAAAUGAUAUCAACCUGCUAGUUAGUUGGACGCCGUGUCGCUGCAUCGUUUCAUGGAUUUUAUUUAUGCCAGAUAAGCUAUUUGGUCGCUUUCUGUUGAGAUACAUUGCAGAAUCGACCAGCUUGUUUGGUUGUUUCCAUUGCCGGUAAACAGUUAGCUAGAGUAGUAGCUUGAACUAGCACCUGGACUAUACACAGGCUAGCACUGGUUACGCUUCGUUGGCUCCCUUGUUUACACGUUAGCUUGUUAGUUUCCUUACUGUAUUGCUUGUUACAACAGCAUGUUUCUUGUAGCUAAUUGUAAUUGUGUUAAUGCUCAUCAACUAAACAAACCGGCUUACUGCAUUGCACCACGUUGUUUGCCAUCACUGCUUUAGCGUUAGCUCAACAAAUAAAGCCUGGACACCAUUGUCAUUUUUAUUGAAAUAUCUAAAACAGCCGCACAGCAGAUUUUUAAUAACAAUCAGAUUGUACUAUAAAAGCAACUUGCUGCCAUAUAUUAAUAAUAGAAAUGGCCUAGGUACUUAGCAUGGCAACAUUGUGUGGCAGAUCAUAGUUCCAGGGUAGAGGAGUGCACAUCGCUGUAGACACAUCUUCCUCGACUGUCACUGGAGGCAAACCAUUGAAUAAAACCUUGGUGUCAAUCCCUCACUGACAUUAAAACAUCCUUCCUGAAACAAAGCACAAUGGAGACGGUGAGGAGUGCUUUCCACGCUCAGCUGGCCACCGUCAUGGACUCCCUGCUGGCUGCAGCUGUCUGCGAGAUCGCCAAGAUCUUUGAGAGCAGCCUGUGUGAGCAGCAGGCGAGGCUAGCGCAGAAAACUGAGGAGAUCUCCAUCCUCAGAGGCAGGCUUGAGAAAGUGGAGAGGAGGCGUAAGGGUGGAGGGAGCGAGGAAGGGGAGCUGUCAUCAGGAGACAGAGAGGGCAGCACGAGGCAGCAGACCCCCAACAUAUCAGGACUAAAUGUGGGAAAGGAUUUGUCUUCUCAUUUGGACCCAGUGGAAAGACUCAGUCAGAGCCUCAGAGGGAUGAAAGAAGAGGUCACAGGCCAGGAUGGAGCUUCAGUAAAACAUGAGAUCUGUGCUGCUUAUUGUUCACAGCAUGCUGGAUCACAACCUACAGUGGGGUCUGUGGCAGUCCAAGUCCCAGAGGUAACGCUUGCUGCUGGAGAACAGAGGAAGAUACAUACCCUGUCUGCUACACAAGCCAAGGCUAAAUUGUCUCACUGGGAUCAGGGCGGUGCAGAUCACAGAUCUGUCCGGGAUCAAGCCUCCACCCCUUUCCUCUCCAUCUCCCAGAGCGGACGUUGCUCCCCCAGGCCUGACCCUGGGCUAGCUCAACCAGGGGAGUGGUUACCAGGGCUGGACGGCACCAAAGGUGGGGUGUCCGGUCUGGAGAACCUGCAGGCCGAAGGCACCAGCUGCUCUGGUCCAGCUGGCAGCAGCGCCGGCACAGACACACUCUGCUUCAGACGGGGUUUUGGCUCUGACGAGACCAGCAACGAAGACGACGAUAGCUCCUUCCCUUUUCUGGACCAGGAGCCUGAGAACCACAUCUCCCAUCAGAACUCUGUGCAGGUUCAGCCUCAAGCCCCACCUGGGGAAUCUCCAUGGAGACCCAGAGAUGACAGGGGAGGGAGAGGCCCCGUCAAUCACACACGGCGGGUUUCAACUUUUGGCAAUAGAGACCCUCUCCGCACACAGUCGAAUUCCCAGUCGCUGGCUCUGCGACACACACACACUCUCAGCCAUCCUCCAGCUCCUGCUGCAGCGAAUGGACGGCCGUACACCUGCCCAUACUGCACCAAGUGCUUCACCUACCCCUCCCACCAGCGCAGACACCUUUUACGCCACACAGGAGUAAGACUGCAUCCUUGUCAGUUUUGUGACAAGAGUUUCCUCACCCCCUCUGAGCUGACUGUGCACACUCGCACACACACAGGGGAGCGGCCUUUCGGCUGCGCCCAGUGCGGGAAACGUUUUGCCCGCAGUGGGAACCUGAGAGCCCACCAACGGGACGUUCACAUGGGGAAGAGACCCUUUGCUUGCACAGAGUGUGGGAAGAGAUUUGCCCACAGAGGGAACCUGAGGGUGCACAAUCACAGAGUCCACCAAGGAGACCCCUACUACAUGGACGAACAGCAGGAGCCCGAAAUAGCCCCUAAUCCCAUUUGAAAACGUUUAAAAAGUGAUGGCUCUGCAAUUUAUUUUCUUCUUUCACAGUUGCCUAUCUGCCUAUUUCCCCAUUCAAGGAUUUGGGUUUUUUCAUACUUGAUGUGAAGUAAUAAAAAAAAAAGCACCAUUAAAUUGUAUUAUAUUUAUUUAAUACAUGGUCAAAAUACAUUUUGAGUGUCUUUAUUUUAUUUUAAGAUUCAAUCUCAUAAUUAUGGGUCACACUCAAAAGGAAAGCUUUGUAUUAGGUGUAUUAAAUGGAUGGAUAUAAUCAUCCGUGAAAAUAUGAUGAAAUAUUCUCUAUUGAUGUAAAGAAAAAACCUUCUCAAAGAUGACACGAUCUUACAAUGAUGCUUUUCUUGUCAUUGGAAAGUAACUAUACAGACCAAAGCACCUGUUCAUUACGAACUGAAUGAUCUACAAAAUAAUGUUUUUCACACAGCUAAUAAAGAAAGUAUAGUUGGUAUUAGAUUUAGACACGUGGCAUGCAAACGUAGGAUAGCAUGUCUGUUCCUUCAAAAUGGUGCUUACUGUAUGUAUGCCCAUAUCCUCAAACUUUGAUGUGGUGUAAAAUGGAAAGUUCAUGUUGUUAAAGAAGCUAUAGUUUCCCACCCUGUUCUUGCAAAGUGAAAUAAAAUAUUGUAGGUAUGUCAAAUAUUUCCUUGUUCAGUACCAUCUACUGUUGUUGCACCAUUAUUUUCCAGACACCAGGGGGCAGGGUGAACAUACAAAGGAUGCCUCGAAAUGGAUUUGGACAUCAUUGCAAAUAGAUUUUUGAUAAAAGUGUUGCUGUCAGCAUGUUUCACCAUGUGCCCUAUAUUUGCAGAUAUUUUUCCCUGAUGUAUGCAGUUAUGUCAUCAUGCCAACCCUCUCAUGGUCAUAGUCUGUAAGCAUGUGCUUACAAUGCAAAAUCUAAAUGUGAGUACAUGAGUCUUUUGGUCCUUGUGCUAACCUGCAGAAAAACCCAAUUUCAAGCCUGGAAUUGGCUUGUAUUUUAGUGUAGGAAAAAGUUGUUCUGGAGUUACGCAGUUUAGUCCUUUUUUAACAAUAGUCCUUAAAAGUAUCCAACACAUUGUUUUUUCUUCUGUCCAUCUUUAUUACAUGUUAAAGGUUUACAGUU